AUGGCUCACAGCCAGCUCCCGAAUGACUCCUGGCAGAACGGCUCAGCCCCUCUCUUCACUGGCCUUGACCUCCUCCUGGAGCUCAAACCGCUCUUCAUCCCACUCUACGCCACCCUGGUGGCCGUGGCGUGCACAGGGAACCUCUUUCUCAUCCUCCUCAUCGCUCUCACCAAGAAGCUGCACUGCACCACCAAUUUCCUGAUAGGGAACCUGGCUGCAGCCGACUUCAUCAUGUGCCUGGCCUGCGUCCCGCUGACCGUCUCCUACGCCUUCGAGGUGCGAGGCUGGCUCUUUGGGAUGUUCAUGUGCUACUUCAUCACCUUGAUGCAGGCCGCCACCGUCUUCGUCUCGGUGCUGUCCCUCACCGCCAUUGCUGUUGACCGGUACGUUGUCGUGGCGUACCCCAUCCGCCGGAGGAUCAGCCGCAAGUCCUGCGUCUGCAUAGUGGCCUGCAUCUGGUUGCUCUCCAUCAUGGCCUCUGUCCCGACAUCCCUGCACACCCAGUACUUGGAUCUCAACACCAUUGGCCAUGACAUGAUCAUCUGCGAAGAGUUUUGGAAGCAUGAGGAGAGGGAGCGGCUACUGUACUCGUGCUUGAUGCUCCUCCUGUCCUACAUGCUCCCACUGUUGGCCGUGUCAGUCUCCUUCUGUGCCAUUACCUACCACCUGCGGCGAAGGAAUGUCCCGGGUGCUGCCUACCCCUGCCAAGACAAAUGGACCAAAACAAAGCAGAAAACCUUCCGCGUGCUCACCGUCUCGGUGGUGUGCUUCGCAAUCUGCUGGCUGCCCCUCCAGGUGGUGAACUUCAUCAGAGACAUCGACGAGGAGUUCACCAUCUUGGACAAGAGGUACGUGAAUGUCAUCCAGGUCUCAUGCCACUUGAUCGCCAUGAGCUCUGCCUGCUAUAACCCCUUCAUCUAUGCCUCCCUCCAUGACAAGUUCCGCUUCCACCUCAGCAGCUACUUCUACCGCAAGAAGAAGAGCUCCAGCAUCGUGUCCUGCAAGGCCUCGCGAUUCAACACCUGCUCCACGUUGGCAGAUGCUCCAGCUGGGGUCUCGGAUAAGAUAGCUUUGCAAACCAGGUUCUCUUAG